AUGGCGAGGGAUUUCUCCAGCACUAGUCAAUUUGCCAGUGGGUCCGGUGAUGGGGUCAUCAAGUACUGGAACUUGACUUCGCGAGAUGAGAUUGCCAGCUUCAGAGCCCACGUUGGUAUGGUUAGCGGAUUGGUCGUGUGUAAAGAAGGCAAAAUGUUGAGUUGUGGUGAUGAUAAGACUAUUAAGUUAUGGAGUGUUGAUUCAGAGGAGUUUGAUAAGAAAGUAGGUGAUGAUGAGAUCUAUAGUGGAAGCCAAGGGUUGAUCAAGACCUUUGUGGGUGACGCUGCAUUCAAGGGGAUUGAUCGUCACCGCAACGACCCUAUUUUUGUCACUGGUGGUGCUACGAUUCAACUUUGGGACAUGAAUAGGUCGAAAUACACCAGUGAUUUAUCAUGGGGUGCCGAUAACGUGACUACAGUUAAGUUUAACCAGACUGAAACUAAUAUUAUUGCAUCUGCGGGGUCAGAUAAUUCCGUUGUGUUGUACGAUGUGAGAACAAACACCGCUAUUCAAAAGGUUGUUUUAAGUUUACGUACAAAUUCCAUCAGUUGGAACCCUAUGGAAGCAUUUAAUUUCGCAACCGGAAGUGAUGACCACAAUGCAUACCUCUGGGAUAUGCGUAAUUUGGGAAGAUCCUUGAAUGUUUAUAAAGACCAUGUUGCUGGUAUUAUGGAUGUGGACUUCUCGCCUACCGGUGAAGAAUUGGUUACUGGGUCAUACGACAAGACCAUUAGAAUUUUCAAAACCAGACUGGGCCAUUCGCGUGAUAUUUAUCAUACUAAGCGUAUGCAAAGAAUUUUUUGUGUAAAGUACAGCAGUGACGCAAGGUACAUAUUGUCUGGAUCUGACGAUACUAAUGUGAGAGUGUGGAGAGCCAACGCCUCGGAUAGAGCCAAUAUCAAGUCUGCCAGACAACGAUCUAAGAUGGAAUACGACAAUGCCUUGAAGGAAAGAUACAAGCAUAUGCCUGAGAUCAAGCGUAUUAGUAGACAUCUCCAAUGA